CCCAUUACUAAUUAUAUUAAAUAUUGUUUUUAAAGGAGAGAAAAGUUCUGGUCAUUUCUGUGAUUCACCUUUGUCUGUUUUUGUUUUUUUAAUUAAAUGACAUUAUUUGUACCUGUGUGUUUAAGGUGCAUGUUACUAAUGAAAUGAAAUCCUGAAAGCAACUUUUAUGGUAAGUCCAUGUUAAGGGUUGCGAUGAGUUUGCUCAAUGUGGGGAAUUGGUUUGACACGUUUAUUUAGUGCAAGCUUUUGAGCACUUUAUUCUGAAAAAACAAACAGAUAAUUUGAUUAAACUCUGAGUAGAAGAAAUCCCUGUUUUUGUUUUGUCCUUUAAGUAAAAAAUAGCUGUUUUACCACACAACAUUGUACCGUUACUGAAUGUUUUGAGCCGUAAAGUACGCAUAAUCAUAACAUCUUCCUCGGUGUCAAGUGUGUAACACCCUAACAAUAACGCUGAUGUUCAUAGUUGAAUAUAAUUUGCUUAAAAACUCCUCUUUUUCUGUGAUUUCCUGGUCAACACGGAGAUGGAAUGGGCGUUACUAUCCUUUCCAUGUCUAGUGACGAUGCACUGACUGUCAUUGGUCGGUUAAGAGCACGUGACGAUGCACUGCCCUGUCAUUGGUCGGUUAGGACCUAUUAGUUAGGAAUGGUUAGGUAACGUGUUAACAUUCCAUUCACUAGAGGCUGAGUCAUAUAAAUACGUCAUAGGUAACGGAUUGUUGUCAUCAGUUGUCUGACUACAGAACACCAUCCCCUGUAUGGCACUUUCUGUUCCAAAAUGUCGAGCUGCAUUUUUGAGUGGAGGAGGAUGACAUCAGCCAUCUGAAAGAUGCAAAGACUUCAGAGCUCAAGAAACGACAUGCUGGUCAGACUCCUUCAGAAGCGCAAGUUCUGGCCAACAUCAGCUCCAGCGAACUGGCCAAACACUGCAGGAGGAGAACUCGUGGGAUAGAGGAAAGCCGUGCCCUCAUCCAAGAUUUGCUCAACUCAAUGUGGGAGCUCACUGACACAUCAGGUUUGCGGUUUAUCAAUCCUGAGAGCAUGACACGUGUGUGGGAGGUUCAACAAAAACAUUGGAUCCCCCUGGUGUGGAACUGUACACCAAAGUCGGAUCAGGUCUGCAAAAGGGCAGUAAGGUUCUGGAUGUCCUAAGAUGUGGCAGAGGUUCCUCUUCUGUGGAGAGCUUCCAUCGGCAUCAGAACACCUUCAUCCCGGGCUGGAGAUCUAAUACGAUGCACACACAAAUGUACAUGCUUGAAGGGAGUUCCAGAUGGAACAUGAAUCGAGCCCAUGCAGCUGUACAUGUGAGUGGUGCUUCACAAACCAGGAUCUACAAUGUCCGACUGAAGACUAAUUUAAAUGCCCUCAGCCAGCGAGUUCUUGGUUGUGCGCUACUACCGGAAUUCAUCCCCCCUGGGAAACCCACUGGUGAGCGUAUAGCUGUGGAGUAUUUGCUGGCUCAGUCUGACAGAGGAGAUCUGCUGGGUCCACAACAGGACAGUGAACUUGGCACCAUUGUUCCAGACCGCCAGGUUGAAGUUCAGGAGGAGGAGGAGGAGUGCCUUGACGUCACAAUUAGUGAUGCAGUGGAGAUCUUCAGUCAGCACCCCGCGGUGCAUCACCUCACACAUCAUCUCAGGUAAUCUGAUUAUUGUUUUAUUGCAGCUGAGAGCCCACCUGAAGAGCCCCGGCCUGAAUCCACUAUUUCUCUUCCUGCUGACUCACCCGACGCGUCCACUUACACAACCUCUCAGAAUACCCGCUGUGAUUUCUCGAGGUGUUCAGGGAUGGGAGGCUGUGGAUGACUUGGCCAAGUAUCUUGUUCUACUUAAUAGAACAAUAACGGCAUUAUCACUAGGCGAGACGGAUGACAUAGUGAGGCUGUAUUCAAAGCUACAUCAAAUGGAUAAGCAACCCACAACCUAUAGCCUGAAGUCCAAAAAAAGGACCUUGCCUGGACCAUGGAGAGCUUCCAGGAAACGAAGUGGCUCUGCGCCAGGCCAACAAGCAGCUGAAAGACUAUUCAUGACCCAUGGUCAGGCUGCUCUGAGACCUGAUGCCAACUGCAUAUGUGAAUGUGUUUCACUCAGGCUUUUGAAGGAGUUUGAGCUUGCAAGAAACCGACCCAAAGACAGCAAGGGUAAAACCUUGCCUAUUCCGCAGUCGAUGGUGCAAUCUUACGUCCACAUAAAGCAACUGCUGGAAGAUAGCCUCGUUCGUACAGGAGAAGACCGACUUGGUUCUUGUCACUAUAAACAACACCACUGUGUCUUGUUGGUUACAAGACAGACAAAAAAGAACCGCUCGGGACUCAUUGCUCCAAGGAGUGCAGCUUCCCGAAAAGGCAACGGCAGCUGAGGAUUCCUUGCCAUUACGAGGGAGCUCCCUACUGAACCAGUGCAGCACGGACAUGUUAUCCUAGAAAUCCAGGAGCCUGACAAUAGGGAGGGUGAGGCAUUGAUACGCCAGCGCCGCAGUGCCAGAGCUGACUCAGGUUCUUCUGCUUCAUCCACGCACACGCAGGGUCACCUUCCACAAGCCCCAUCUCCUGCAUUUUGGCAGUACCCCAUGCCUCCAGCCCCAUCUCCUGCAUUUUGGCAGUACCCCAUGCCUCCAGCACCAUCUCCUGCCUCAUGGCAGUACCCCAUGCCUCCAGCACCAUCUCCUGCCUCAUGGCAGUACCCCAUGCCUCCAGCACCAUCUCCUGCCUCAUGGCAGUACCCCAUGCCUCCAGCACCAUCUCCUGCCUCAUGGCAGUACCCCAUGCCUCCAGCACCAUCUCCUGCCUCAUGGCAGUACCCCAUGCCUCCAGCACCAUCUCCUGCCUCAUGGCAAUACCCCAUGCCUCCAGCACCAUCUCCUGCCUCAUGGCAGUACCCCGUGCCUCCAGCACCAUCUCCUGCCUCAUGGCAGUACCCCAUGCCUCCAGCACCAACUCCUGCCUCAUGGCAGUACCCCGUGCCUUCAGCACCAUCUCCUGCCUCAUGGCAGUACCCCAUGCCUCCAGCACCAACUCCUGCCUCAUGGCAGUACCCCAUGCCUCCAGCACCAUCUCCUGCCUCAUGGCAGUACCCCGUGCCUCCAGCACCAACUCCUGCCUCAUGGCAGUACCCCGUGCCUUCAGCACCAUCUCCUGCCUCAUGGCAGUACCCCAUGCCUCCAGCACCAACUCCUGCCUCAUGGCAGUACCCCGUGCCUUCAGCACCAUCUCCUGCCUCAUGGCAGUACCCCAUGCUUCCAGCACCAACUCCUGCCUCAUGGCAGUACCCCAUGCCUCCAGCACCAUCUCCUGCCUCAUGGCAGUACCCCAUGCCUCCAGCACCAACUCCUGCCUCAUGGCAGUACCCCGUGCCUUCAGCACCAUCUCCUGCCUCAUGGCAGUUCCCCGUGCCUGCAGGCCCAGGUCACCCUCCACCUGCUCCGUCUACUGCUUCAUCUUCACAAGCCCCUAUUCCUCAGCAUUCCUCUGUCGACCUAAAUAGGCGCAGAAAAUGGCGGCAUGAAAAGACAGCAAAAGAGGACCAGGUGCUUGCGGCAAGAGGGGAGCCGCCGAAGAAGCGACUCAUAAAAGAGGACUACCACUACCAAUGCAAAAGCUGUGGUCAGUCGAAAAGAAAGAGCACUGGCCAUACCCAGCUUAAGGGUAAAUGGUACUGUCCAGCAUCUGGACAGACCAUAGCAGAAUGGAAAGGCUCUCUAGACAAGAAGUAAGCUCUUUUACUGUUGUUGUAUAGAAUGUACCCCUUUUAUCUGUGUGUUCAUAAUAAUGUUGUAUAGAAUGUACCACUUUUAUCUGUGUGUUCAUAAUAAUGUUGUAUAAGAUGUUUAUCGUUGUCAUGGCAUUCCAGAAAUAAUAAAAAUAAUAUGGGAAAGCA